AUGGAAUGCCUGGUACCAUGGAAUGGGUUGGCACUUGAACGCUGGGAGGUUGCUCUUGACGAGGACAAGAACAGUCUACUUGCUCAAACACCCCAUUGGAGGGUAAGCAAAGGUACUUGUGGUGAUGUAAACGUGGUGUUCUACUCCUGUCGUUCUACUCCUCUGAAGUUGGAGCUUUGGUCGGUAGCGCUUGAAACUCUACAGCAGUUCAUCGCAGCACAUCCUCACCCGAAUUUUGUCCAGUUUCUUGGUGUGGUGACGCCAUCAGAGCAGGUUCAAAAUGACGCCCUACCUCCAAGUGAAUGCGUCGUCAUGGAACAUCUGCCCAUAAGCUUGUAUGACGUGCUACAUCGUGACCACAUUGCGCUAUCACGUCGGGAGAUCGCCGUGAUUUCAAUCCAGAUUCUUCGGGGCCUACUGUUUUUACACCGAAAACAACAAAGCUUGGGUGUAUGUUUAACCAGCAAAAAGGUCAUGAUGGGCGGAUCCAACAAUGUCAAGCUGCGUCGAUUUGGUCUAGAAUUGGUUUUACGAUCGGGCAAUGCUCCUGCUCAACUAUCGACUGCCACUUUAAAGACGAGCUACGAAAUCACACCUGAUCCUCAACAAGCAGCGAAGGUUACAACUGGAUGCGACUCAAACUCUUCGCCCCAUUCAUUGUCUCCGUCUCCAUCCAGAAGCCCGGCUACAGUGCGUACUAAUGGGUCAAGUGACGUGGGGUUCACGACGAUAACUCAGGACCUGUUUGCGUUCGGAGUUCUUCUGCUGGAAAUGUGCGCGGGUGACAAGCCCACAAGUGAAUUGUUCAAUCGCAUUUCUUGUGCCAAACAAAUUGACCCAGUUUUCUACAGUGUGUUAGAGCUGUCGGGAGUUAUCGCAACUGAGAAACGUCGACAAAUUUCUGUGCCUGUGACUACGGAAGGUUUACUGGCUAUGCUGGUUGCAAACGAGCAACAGCGAGCCGUAGAAGAGCAGCGAUUGUCAUCGUCUUCGUUUUCCUGUUUCCUGUAUGCCGAUCGAUAUUUUGUAACACGAGAGGCCGAGCAAGUCGAGAUAAAAGUUCGGGAACGAGAACGCCGAGGAGAAAUUGAUCUCAAACGUCUUGCUGCAGUCGAGAAAGAGCUACUUGAAGAACAGAAGAACUUUGCCAUACUCGUUCUUCAACUGGAGCAAUCUCAGAGAGAAAAGGCUCAAGCAUUGAAAAAUAACCAGCGACUACAAGCACAAGUACAAACGAGUGAGCAGAUCAAACGUGAGAGCGAUGAGGAGAUUGGGCGUCUUGUGGCAAAGGCUGAAGAACAAACGGAGCAAUUGGUAGCAUUGCAGGCCUCCUUGGAUGAAGAGCAUCGAAAAGUGGAGACAUUGCAACUUGGAAAGAUCAGUGACGCAGAAGAGAAGCAAGGUCUUCUAUUCGAAAUCCUCAAGCUGAAAGAGGACAAGCGUAAGCUUGCAACUGAAAAAGAAGAGAUCGAAGCAGCAAAUGCGGUGAUUGCUCGAAAAGUGGGUAGAGAGAAGGAGACGCUCGAAGAUCUUGAGGGUAGACUAGCCCAAGCAAUACAUCGUUGGGAAGAAGAGCAGCAUGUGCGAAGAAGAGCUGAAAGACAAGCAGAAAGUACCAGCCGUCAACUUUUACAAAUGGAGGAGGAGCGGUGCAAAUACUCCAGAGUGCUUCAGCAGAGCCCCACAGGUAAACGUGGCCCUGAAGCUUCGCUAUCGUAUGUACUUACACUGAAGGAUAAGGAGAUUAAGGAAUUGUCGCGUAAGCUUCAAGAGGCUCUUGAUGAUCAGACAGCGUUGCAGGCAGAUGUCGAUCAACUGGAAGCUGGUCAAAAUUGUAUCAAUGUUGAGAUGGAGAAGUUACUAUCACAGAGAGAUGAGACUCAGAAUGAGUUCCUUUCGAUGAGAUCUCAACUAGAAGAAAAAGAAGGAGUCGUUGCUGGUCUGUACGAAAAACUUCACGCUGCUGAUCGUGAGAUCGAGAGCUUGAAGAAUAGAAUUGCUGACUUUGAAGAAGAACUGGAGCGCCAAGCAAAGAAAAAAGAGGAUGAAGAAAAGGCACGCAAGCUACGACAGUGCUUGACACCCCAAUGCGAUGCUCCUCGAUAUCUCGUAGGAGUGUCAGGUUACUGCAAAGAGUGUGAGGAGCGUACUGGUCGAACGUCGUCUACUCGGGAUGUUAAACAGCAACGACACCGCCGCCAUCGCAGUUGGGAUGAUGCGAGUAUCGGUGGUGGUGCAGUGCGAAAGAAUAUCAAGAACAUCCCGAUCAUGAAGCUGGUCCACGUACUUUCAGGAGGAGGCAGUGAGGACUCGAGGGUCGAAGAUCCAGACGAACAGCAGCUACUGGGAGCCCUCAAGCAACUAACUUCGAUGCUGAAGUCCGAUGAAGGACUAAAAGAUGACCUUCCGGAAUGCUUGGUGAUCAAAUCGGUGCUCACUCUAAUGCACCAGCAGAAGAGUAGCCUCGUGCUUCAACUCGAAUGUUGCAGGUGUCUAAGUGUGGUCGUGUUCAACCAUGACCGCAACCGUCUCAUCGUCGUAGCAGAAGGUGGCGUUGACCCAGUGUUAGCAGCGAUGAAGAAUUUCCAUUCCGAGCCUAAAAUGCAAGAAACGAGCUGCGUUCUGCUUACAAAUCUGGCACACAAUUGUGAAACCAACCGUAACAGAAUUUUGGAUGCUGGUGGAGUUGACGCAGUUCUGCAGGCUAUGCAAACUUUUCCUGAACAUUAUGGCGUCCAAAAGCGUUGCUGCUGGGCUUUACUUACGCUGGCAGGAUCAGACUUGAUGUGUGAUAGUAUUGCUAUGCGAGGUGGACUUGGUGCUAUCAUCGCAGCGAUGCUCAACUGUCCAGCAGACGAGCACGUUCAGUAUUACGGAAGCUGGGCGCUCGUCAACUUGCUCUCUGGUACUGAGCGAUUGCUAGCCUUUGCACGUCGUGAAGGUGUACGAGAAGUCGCUGAGGCAGCGCACGCGUGUUUUCCUGGUCAUGAAGGAAUUCAAGAGAAGACACUCGAGAUUCUGCGGCUACUUGGCUGA